GUGCGAUUUAGCCGGAAAGAGUCGGCAGAUCAGAGAGAGAGAGAGAGAAUGGGGGUGAACCAGCAGAGAUGUGGACUGAGGGUGGUGAAGGCGGUGCUUUUGGUUAUGGGAGUGUGCUUGGUGGGAUAUAUUCUGGGUCCGCCAUUGUAUUGGCACCUCAAGGAAGGCUUAGCAGCAGUCAGCCGUUCUUCUUCUUCCUACUACUCGUGUCCUCCUUGUACCUGUGACUGCAAUUCUCUACCCCUUCUCUCCAUCCCUCAAGGAUUAAGUAAUGCUUCCUUUUCAGAUUGUGGAAAGCACGAUCCCGAGGUGGGUGAAGACACGGAGAAGAACUUCGCAGAGCUCUUGUCUGAGGAAUUAAAGUCGCGAGAAGCUGAAGCCUCUGAAAACCAGCACAAAGCCGACAUUGCACUGUUAGAGGCAAAGAGGAUGACAUCUCAGUACAUGAAAGAAGCAGAUAAGUGCAAUUCUGGGAUGGAGACUUGCGAGGAGGCCAGAGAAAAGGCCGAUGCGACCCUACUGGCACAGAAGAAGGUGACUGCAAUGUGGGAGUCGAGGGCACGCCAGAUGGGGUGGAAGGACAAGACUGCCAAGUCUCAAUGAAGCCCAUCAUGUACAUCUGAUUCAAAAUGUUUCCACUACGAGACUCAGCCUCAAGGCUCUCUCAUUUCUGAAAGAUCAUGAAAAUUUCUCUCAUAACCCAAAAUUUAUUUCUUGUUUUGUGAUAUGUUAUAGGUAAAUAGGAGUAUAAUAUCAUUUGCCUUGUGAGUCUCUACCAAGUAGUAGUAUAGAAGUUUUUUUACUAACUUUUUGCUGAAAAUGUGUCAGAAAAAAUGUUCGUUCUUUUAAAUAGCAUGAAUAUUUCUUUUAAAAUGUUUUUGGAAAAUAAUAU